CUCAAUUUCACAUUUUCACGGAAUUGAACCCAGAAAAAAUGUCUUAUGCUCCUGCAUGUGUGAUGGCAGUGUUUGUGGCAGCAGAAGCCCUCCCACCCCAACCCACGGCAGCACUCCCACCCCAACCGCCAGCCCCACAACCACAACCGGCUCCUCAUCAACCAAGGCAACGGAGGCGUGCUAGGCCACCAAUUUUCCGAACCCGUGUCCUACUUUUUGGGAUGCCAGAUGAUGUUGUUGUGCGUAGAUACAAGCUGCCACCACAUCUAAUCCUAGACACUCUCUCCAUAAUAGAGAGUGAUCUGGAGUCUUCAAUUUGGUAUCCUACAGCAAUACCACCAUUGACACAAUUCCUUGCUGUGUUACAUUUUUUGGCUACAGGGUCUUUUCAGCAUGUAGUUGGAGACCUGGUUGGCAUGUCGCAGGGCCAGUUCAGUAAGGUCCUGCGGCGUGUCAGCCAGGCUUUCCUAAAGCGGGUUAAGCAAUUUAUUGCUAUGCCUUUGGAUGUUGGUGCCCUAGAUGUGGUGAAGCGGCAAUUUGAGGAAGGUGGUAGUCGCUUCCCACAUGUUAUUGGGGUUGUGGAUGGCACACAUGUAGCUAUUCAGCCACCAAGACAUAAUGAAGACAUUUUUAGAAACAGGAAACUGUUUCAUUCUCUGAAUGUAAUGGUUGUUUGUGGGCCAUCCCUCCAGAUCCUUUCCCUGAAUGCCAAGUUUCCAGGAAACUCACAUGAUGCGUAUGUCAUUAGACAAACAGGGAUAUGGCACAGAUUAAGAUCAAGUCAACGAGCAGACAUGUGGUUAUUGGGAGACCGUGGAUAUCCUUGCACCCCCUGGCUCAUGACUCCUUACCGUAAUCCCAGGCCAGGACCACAGAUGGCAUUUAACUCCGCGCUUACUGCCACUAGACAGCUGGUGGAGCGCACAAUUGGGGUCCUUAAAGGGCGGUUUCGUGUGCUCCACCGCACUGGUGGCGACAUCAUGUAUUCGCCGGAGAUGGCAAGUAAACUAGUGGUCCUGUGCGCUAUACUACACAACAUCGCGGUAAGGAGUAGCGUAGAGCUUCCUCAGACAGAGGAAUUGCCUGAUGAGGAGCCAGGGGUUGUCCGACACUUCGGUGGGGGGAGUGUUACACGGAGGGGGAGCCAAGUCAGGGCAAGCAUUGUUGCAGAAUAUUUCAGCUGAAUGAUCACACAAACUGUGGACGACCACAACGGCAAAGACAUCCAGUGAGCCCACAUCAGGCAGCUUCUCAGCCCCCUUCCCCUUCUCACUCCCCCUCCACUUCCCAGUCCCCCUCCCCUUCUCACUCCCCCUCCACUUCCCAAUCCCCCUCAGAUUCCCAGUCCCCCUCAGCUUCCCAGGCCCCCUCAGCUUCCCAGUCCUCCUCAGCUUCCCAGUCCCCCUCAGCUUCCCAGUCCCCCUCAGCUUCCCAGUCCCCCUCAGCUUCCCAGGCCCCCCAGCUUCCCAGUCCCCCUCAGCUUCCCAGGCCCCCUCAGCUUCCCAGGCCCCCUCAGCUUCCCAGGCCCACUCCCCUUUCCACUCCCCUUCUCAGCCCACCUCUCCUUCUCUUUCUGUGACCCCUUCUCCUCCUUCCCAGUCCCCUUCUCCUUCUACUUCCAACUCCCCUUCUCAGCCCCCCUCACCCUCUAUUGGCCUAACAUUCUCUCCGCCCCCCUCGCCCUCUCAAUCAGACCCACCCUCAGAAAUUAGAUUCCCAAACCCUCCUCCUUACCCCAUCUCUCCUCCUUCCCCAAACCCUCCUCCUUCACCCAUCCAGCCUCCUUCCCCCAUCCCUCCUCCUUCACCAAUCCCUCCUCCUUCCCCCAUCCAGCUGCCUUCACCACCCACAGAAUGGGCAGAAGAAGCCCCUGAUGGGGUCAGUGGUGACCCUAAUGUUGCUGAGGAAAGUAAGUGUUUUUACAUUUCAGUUCAAAAUAUGACCUACUUACACUUACAAUGUACAAACAUGCACUGUUGUACUGUUUUAAAUCAGCUAGCAAGGUACACAUUUUCAUUAAUUAUUGAUGGUGUUCAUGUUGCAUUGAUAUUUUUUAGAGUAUCAUUAUAUGUAGUGUUUAUGUGUGCAAUGUGUUGUGUGUCCACUCUAGGUCGACACUAAUUAGUUUGACAGGGUUGCCAGGACUACAUAGUUUA